CUGAGUGGACUUUGAGUUCUCAAUAAGAGGAAGCACACAGCCCUCUAACACACACACACACACACACACACGCCGGUGCAUCAGGAACCUACAGUAUCUCCACUUUACACAGCGUGAUGGCGAACAAGGGUCCUUCAUACGGUUUGAGCCGUGAGGUUCAGAGUAAAAUUGACAAGAAGUACGACCCUGAUCUGGAGGAGCGGCUCGUUGAAUGGAUUGCUGCUCAGUGCGGCCCGUCGGUGGGAAAACCACAACCCGGCAAACAGGGAUUCCAGAAUUGGCUCAAAGAUGGAUGUAUCUUGUGUGAGCUUAUUAAUAGCCUUUAUAGGGACUCUAAACCAGUGAAGAAGAUCCAGACCUCCACCAUGGCUUUCAAGCAGAUGGAGCAGAUCUCACAGUUCCUCCAAGCUGCUGAGAAAUACGGAGUCACCAAAUCCGACAUGUUCCAGACCGUGGACCUCUGGGAAGGCAAAGACUUGGCGGCAGUGCAGAUGACGCUGAUGUCAUUGGGGAGUUUGGCAGUUACCAAGGACGACGGCACUUACCAUGGUGACCCUAACUGGUUCCAUAGGAAAGCGCAGGAGAACAAGCGUGGUUUCACGGAUGAGCAGCUGAAGGAGGGUCAGAGCGUCAUUGGCCUCCAGAUGGGCUCGAACAGAGGAGCGUCUCAGGCGGGAAUGACUGGCUACGGAAGACCCCGGCAGAUCCUCAACUGAAGUCCGUGAUGUUUGACCUACUCCGCCUAUCAGAGAGUGUUUAUCCCACACCCAGUUAAACCCACUCAGUCGCUGGAAAACAAACUGGACAAUCGCAGGGACCAAAAAGACAAACGCAAUCAGUUAAUCACUUUACUGUCACAUUAAACAAACCUACAUAACGUAGUCAGUUACAUAAGAGUGACCUUGAAAUACAUUCCAUGCAGAAAACAAACUCAUCUCAAAUUAGCCUAACGCUAAUAUAUACACGACUGUAAUCUCAUUAUGUCUGUGCCUUUUAUGUUGAUUUUCAAUAGUUGAUUUUUCUUUUUUUUUUUUUCAAAUAAAAUUCUUUUCACUUUCAA